AUGCUUCCCACAGUGACUGGACCAGGGGCUCUGCCCUUCGCCGUGCAAUUGAAGGCUCUGACUGACCAGGAGUUCAGGUACCAACCCAAGCUGAGCGGUCUGAGGAUCAUUGAGACGGCCCAUGACAACGGCCUGAGGAUGACCGCCCGGCUCAGGGAGUACGAGGUGAAGGACCUCCUGUCUCUGACCAGGUUCUUUGGCUUCAGCGCCGAGACCUUCUCCCUGGCCGUCAACCUGCUGGACCGCUUCCUCGCCGUCAUGAAGGUAAGACCUGGACAUCAGAUAGGGUUUGAUUUAGAAUUGAUUCAAAUCUGUCUUUUUAUUAAUUUGGUUUUAGGUGAGUAAGCAAUACAGACAGGGAAACGAAUGACUGUUACUCGACGUGCAUUUGUAAAAUCAUACAUCUAGUAGGUAUAGGCCGUAGAACAUUCUGAUGUUACCGAAUAUCUCUUCACUGUGAAAAUAUUUCAAAGAUAAAACCCCAAAAAUCAAAUAAGUGAUAUUCAAUAACUAUGAAUAUGAACAUAACCAUUAACUCCAACCAUUUGGUAAAUAACAUUCCCCUCAUUCUUCUCCCGUCACCAGAUCCAGCCAAAGCAUCUGUCAUGUGUGGGCCUGUCCUGUUUCUACAUCGCUGUGAAGACCUCAGAGGAGGAGAAGAACAUCCCCGUGGCCAACGAGUUGAUCCGGAUCAGCCAGAACCGCUUCACCGUGUCCGACAUGAUGAGGAUGGAGAAGAUCAUUCUGGAGAAGCUCUACUGGAAGGUCAAAGCCCCGACAGCCCUCCACUUCCUCAGACUGUUCUACAGCCACAUACAGGACACGCUUGAAGAUGACUGGUACGAUGACUGUAGGCUUGGGCGGUAUACUGUAUAUACCAGGGGUGUCAAACAUACGGCACGCGGGCCGGAUUCGGCAUGGGGGUCCAUAACAGGGGGGGUCCAAUUCGGCAGGUGGUUGAAGUAAAAAAAAAAAGUAACAAACAAACUCAAUAUUUAAAAGGAAUAAAACCAAAUCAAAACUGUAGAAACUUCACUGUCUAGCUCGCUAAUAAUUACCAAAUUUUAUUGCGGCACUCCGGACUUCGUGGAAGACCGACCGCGGGCCACGGUGCAAAAUGAGUUUGACACCCGUGGUGUACACCGGGGUAUCUUGAAAUACCCACUGUAUGUUUUUCAAUACUGUUAACUUUUUUCAGCUCGUUUUUUCCCAAUUUGGAAUAUGUUCUUGUUAAAUAAAUACCUGCAGUCAACUUGUGCACUAGGUUAAUAGAUAAAGCCCCUGUUGUAUUAUUUAUUCAUUAUGAAGCCGUUCCACAAAGCAGCUGAUUGAGCCUGUCUGAUGGCUUGUGUUCACACAUACACUCUCUAAAAGUAGUGGCUGGAUAACGGGGGAUUUGGAUAAAGUUGAUGCAUUUCUCUCAAACUCAGUUUCAUAUAUAUAUAUAUAUAUAUAUCUAUAUCUUUUAUGGACAUUUCCCUUUAGCUCUUAUGCCUUAUAAAAGACUUGACAAACAAGUUGAACAGACAUUAUUAAAACCCAUUUUCUCUCCAUAGCAAGGACAUCCUGAACAUUGAGAGACUAGAAGCCCAGCUGAAAGCCUGCCAUUGCUCUUUUACCUUCUCCAAAGUCAAGGUAAGAUACUGUAGUUCUGUGUGUCAAAACAAAUGUGUUUUGGUCUCAUUUAGAAUCUCUCAAUACUAUGUGUCAAAGCAAACCGAUUUUAACUUGACUAUAAAAUACAGGCGCAAGGGGUGUAUGUAGGCUAGUUCAUGUUGUGACAUUGGAUCUAGGCCUAUUUUGGUCAGCCACUUGGGAAAGGGGUGGGGGGUUGAUGAGCUUUGAGUGUGUGGGUGGAAAAACAUACUCAAAAAUAGUUUCAAACCAAACUGUAAAAUGUUGCUCUGUACAAAAUAUCACUCUUAAUAUGUAGUUUUCAUGUCAACCUAAUGUCUCGUUCCCACUCUCUCUCGUCCAUUCCUCCCCCCUCUCCACAGCCCUCUCUGCUUGCCCUGUCCUUGUUGACCCUGGAGCUUCAGGAGCAACAUGACCACGAGCACAUAGACAAGCUGCUCAACGCCUUCCAGUCUCUAAAGCAGCAACUCACUGUGAGUGUUUACUGUCCAGUCUAGCCAGAUAGCCUGGUCUCAGGUGUUUGUACCGUCUUGCUCCUAUGUCGUCACACCAAACAUUUGGGGGCAUAGGAGUUGGCAAGAGAGUACAAACAGAUCUGGGACUCAGGCUCUACCACCCAGUGUCAUAUCACUCCCCAAACAUGUCUGUUGUAACAGGAUACUAACCAGGGUCUUGUUCAUUAGGGCAUACAACGGAAAACGUUUGAAAUGUUUUGCAACGGAAAACGAGAGAAAAGACGCGCUCAAAGAAAAUGAGUUUCUUAUUGGACAAGUCCAAGGUAGUUUAUCCCCCGUUUGAGUGUUUUUGUUUCCCCGUUUGGUGCCUAAUGAACACAACCCAGCAAUGGAAGGUGUUUACACUGUGGCUGCGUCCCAAAUGGCACCGUAUGGGGCCUGGUCAAAAGUAGUGCACUCACUGCAGGGAAUAAAUUGCCAUUUGAGACGCAGCCACUGUUGGCUAUGAGGUGGAGCGUUUGCCCUGCUCUGUGUGUUGGAGCCCCAAGGUCUAUUGCCCAACGGAUUGCCUAAUGUUGAGGGUUCAUGGAAAAUGUAGGCAAGUUGAUGAUUAAACAAGACUCUGGAGAGACGUUGAAUUUGAUCUUUGGAAUUGGGAACCCCCUCUGGAUUAUGUUUUGAAUGAUGCAGUGAAUAAACGGGCAAACAGACCAGCAGCAGCUCUAAGGAACAAACGCUCUCUGAUUGGCAGCUUUUAAAAUAAAUGAAUACUCUGAUGUGCUGCCAAUGCUGCAUGAUAAUAGUUCUGUUUUUCCUCUCCUGUUUCUUGUGUGUUUCCUCAGAUCCGAGAAGGGGACCUGGUUACGGUGACAGAGUUGGUUAUGAAGUGUCUGAUUGAGUAUUCAACCACCAGGGUCUCCAAGCCCAACAGCCAGAGGCUUCGUUGGAUCCUCUCUGGCAGGACGCAACGCACGUUGAAACACAGCUAUUACAAGAUCGCCCAUAUGCCCACAAUACCGGAGUCCGCCUACUGAACCCUGGGGGUGGGUGACCACAGUACACAGAUGCAAAAGGAGAAGUAGACUACCACCUCUUCUCCCCUAAAAACAUAUUUUGUUUUUCAGUUUCAUGGAAAAAUAGCGACUUCCUGUACUCUGUUGCUACACGGUCACCCACCUCCAUCACUAACCCAUUUCCCUUACAGAACUGCAUUAUGGAUGAUGUAGUUCUUUAAGGGGAAAACCUGUUAACUUUUCUUUUCCUUUCUCUUGGUUGUUCUGUCAUGGCACUUUUUGAAUGAGCUCACUAUUUAUUAGCCUACAUCUGCUUCAUUGACUAAAGGUGCGUCUGAAAUGGAACCCUAUUCCCUAUAUAGUGCACUACUUUUG